AUGGCGACCCAAGCGGGGAUAACCCAAGAUAAAGCACUAGCCAUGCCUGAUGAGUCCGGCCUAAAUGCCACGUUCAAUGUCGGCACCAGGAAAUCCAAAUUGGCGCUCGUGCAGACGGAACUCGUGCUGGAUGCACUAUCAAAGGCGUGUCCAGAGUACAGCUAUACGAUCAAGGCUCGGGACACAGCAGCCGGAGAUAUUGACAAGCUGACACCUUUCAAAGACAUGCCAGUGAAGAAUUUGUGGACCCAUGAACUUGAGACUCUCAUGGUUGAGGGACACCUAGAUUUCCUGGUCCACUCGCUCAAAGAUGUCCCGACACAAUUGCCCUCAGGCUGCGAGAUAGGAGCUGUAAUGGCCCGUGAAGAUCCUAGAGACGCUUUCGUUCUCAAAGCUGGCCGAAAUGUCUGCAACAUCCAGGACCUCCCGGCAGGAUCAGUAAUUGGGACUUCAUCUAUCCGCCGCACUGCUCAGAUAGCACUGCAGCACCCGCAUCUGAAGGUUUUAGAUGUCAGGGGCAAUGUGCCGACCCGACUGGCAAAACUUGAUGCUGCAGACGGACCCUUCGAUGCGUUAAUUCUGGCAGCUGCUGGACUUGUCCGCCUUGAUCUCGGUCAUCGAAUCACUCAGUACCUAGAUUCCGGAAAUGGAGCAAUGCUACAUGCAGUUGGACAGGGUGCUAUAGGCAUUGAAAACAGGUCAUCGGACCACCGGGUACAGCGCAUGCUCAGCUUGAUCAAUCACCAAGAGACGUAUCUGGCUACAGCAGCUGAACGCAGUCUUUUGAGGACCUUGGAGGGAGGUUGUAGUGCCCCGCUAGGCGUCGAGACUGCAUGGACAGACGGUGAAAACGGCCACAACGCACUGCAACUGAAAGCCAUUGUUGUCAGCACAGAUGGCAAGGAGAGAGCGGACGUCGAUAUGAGGAAGGUUGUGCAAAGUAAAAAAGAGGCGGAGCUAUUCGGCGUCGAUGUGGCUUCGGAACUGCUUCGCAGAGGUGCAGACAAGAUCCUUGCCGAGAUUAAGGAGAAGCGGCCAACCACUGUCGCCGAUCUUGAAGAGACGUGA